GAACGAGCUAGUGGAGAACAUGGAGAACGAGCUAGUGGAGAACAAGGAGAACGAGCUAGUGGAGAACGAGCUAGAGCAGAACGAGCUAGAGGAGAACAUGGAGAAUGAGCUAGAGGAGAACAUGGAGAAUGAGCUAGAGGAGAACAUGGAGAAUGAGCUAGAGGAGAACAUGGAGAAUGAGCUAGAGGAGAACAUGGAGAAUGAGCUAGAGGAGAACAUGGAGAAUGAGCUAGAGGAGAACAUGGAGAAUGAGCUAGAGGAGAACAUGGAGAAUGAGCUAGAGGAGAACAUGGAGAAUGGGCUAGAGGAGAACAUGGAGAAUGAGCUAGAGGAGAACAUGGAGAAUGAGCUAGUGGAGAACGAGCUUGAGGAGAACAUGGAAAACGAGCAAGAGGAGAACAUGGAGAACGAGCUAGAGGAGAACAUGGAGAACGAGCUAGAGGAGAACAUGGAGAACGAGCUAGAGGAGAACGAGCUAGUGGAGAACGAGCUAGAGGAGAACAUGGAGAACGAGCUAGAGGAGAACAUGGAGAACGAGCUAGAGGAGAACAUGGAGAACGAGCUAGUGGAGAACGAGCUAGUGGAGAACAUGGAGAACGAGCUAGAGGAGAACAUGGAGAACGAGCUAGAGAACAACAUGGAGAACGAUCUAGUGGAGAACAUGGAGAACGAGCUAGUGGAGAACGAGCUAGUGGAGAACGAGCUAGAGGAGAACAUGGAGAACGAGCUAGAGGAGAACAUGGAGAACGAGCUAGAGGAGAACAUGGAGAACGAGCUAGAGGAGAACGAGCUAGUGGAGAACGAGCUAGAGGAGAACAUGGAGAACGAGCUAGUGCAGAACGAGCUAGUGGAGAACGAGCUAGUGGAGAACGAGCUAGUGGAGAACGAGCUAGAGGAGAACGAGCUUGAGGAGAACAUGGAGAACGAGCUAGAGGAGAACAUGGAGAACGAGCUAGUGGAGAACAUGAAGAUCGAGCUAGAGAACAACAUGGAGAACGAGCUAGAGAACAACAUGGAGAACGAGCUAGUGGAGAACAUGGAGAACGAGCUAGAGGAGAACAUGGAGAACGAGCUAGAGGAGAACAUGGAGAACGAGCUAGAGGAGAACAUGGAGAACAAGCUAGAGAAGAACAUGGAGAACGAGCUAGUGGAGAACGAGCUAGAGAAGAACAUGGAGAACGAGCUAGUGGAGAACGAGCUAGAGAAGAACAUGGAGAACGAGCUAGAGAAGAACAUGGAGAACGAGCUAGAGAAGGAGAAAUACCAGAAUGUUGAUACAGGUUGAGUGGACUAGCGCUGC